AACUGCAGAGAUAACCACCGAUCAUGUUCUUACUGGGCACGAAUAGGAGAAUGCCAGAGGAACUCUGGCUAUAUGUUACUCAAUUGCAAGAAAAGCUGCAACAACUGUAAGUGGUGAAAACUGAAAGAAAAUGAUACGUGAGUGACUAAUUCUUCAUCUUUCUGUUGCUUGUUGGCGGCCACUUGGUUGUAGCUCAGUGGUGCAACAGGCAGUCGUGGAUUUUGAAUUCAUCAUUCUAGCAUACUGUUUAGGAAAAUUCCUAUGAUACGUCAGCCUCUUCAGUUAAACAAAAUUCUCAUGAAUUGCCAGUAUUUGCCGGACAUUGAUUUAUUUUCCCAAGCUAAUUGUGUUAGUCUCCAACUGAAAAGUCACAGCCUAGAUAGAACUCGCUGCUAGCAACAGAAAUGUCGAAGACAAAUCUAAUUGUGUUAGGGAUGUGAUCAAAGCUUAAUAAUUUGUUCUUAAACCAAUCUUACCGCUCCAUUAUUGGAUUGCAAGCACGUGACAAGGCGGCCAUGUUCGGGAUAAAUGCAAUAUAAUUUUUUUCUCGAAGAAUUUACGUGAAAAUAGAGUUUACUUCGAAGGGAAGAGAAAUGCUUUUGUUCUUAACCACCACUGUGGCCGCCGUGUUGUCACGUGCAAACCAGCAAAAGAAUGACGCUCCACCAAAUGCAUACUUGCAUAUUAGGACAUCUCUACGUCUUUGUGCAGUUUUUUGCAAUGUAAGCUUCCUGCAAACAAAUGGGUGUGUAUCUUAGCCUCCCCCAUUUCACAUCCUUUAUCCCCUUACCAGGGAAGUCUGUCUUUCUGAUUCCGCACGCAUCUUGACUUCUUCCCUUCCAGGAAUAUUUUUGAAACCGCAUACUUUGUGCAUAAAUUGGCCUUCCGUCAAGUGAAUAACAAGUGAAUACGCUCAUUCAUCCGCGGGCUACUCGUGUAAAAAAAACUGUGCAGUUUCAAAAAUAUUCGGAUUCGUGUAGAAGGGGCCUAGGUCGCGUACUAUUUCAGUCAAAAUAUAUAGGGGAUAGUUUUAAUCUUAUAAGGACGCGGUCUUUUGUAAGGCGCGUCUUAUUUUUGCCUCAUAUAUAUGACCCUAUUUUUGUGAUUGCUUGACCGUACCCAUUAAAUAUUUUGUCAGAUUGUCAAUGCUCUUUUAGCCUGCGUAGCAGGCGUUUCCGCUCGAGUUAUUGCAUGGUGCGAAAGUUAGAGUGAGGGCGAAAUAAUGGGGGUUCCAGCUUUCGAGCUGCUCUUGCUGAAACGUAACAAGAAUCAUGUUUGCAUUUGUAGGUGGCAGCAGCUGCAAAAAUCGCCAUGUCAUGUGUGCAACGUGGGCAGGGAGAGGUGAAUGCAGAAGAAAUCCGGGAUACAUGACAGUUUACUGCAAAAAGAGCUGUAGAGUGUGCUGA